AUUGAUGUGAUUGUGACUUUGGGCGGACUUGGAGGACGCUUUGACCAAAUAAUGGCAUCAGUGGAAACGCUUUUUCAUGCAACAAAAAUCACGCCUUUUCCAGUGAUAGUUAUCCAGGACUGCUCACUGAUUUACCUGCUUCAACCUGGCAAGCACAAGCUGCGUGUGGACACAGGACUGGAAGGUGACUGGUGUGGCCUCAUCCCCAUCGGGAACCCCUGUGAGAGCGUGACCACAACAGGCCUUAAGUGGAACCUCACUAACCAGGUGCUGAAGUUUGGAACGCUCGUCAGUACUUCCAACACUUAUGACAACUCCGGGAUUGUGACCGUUGAGACGGACAAGCCUUUGCUGUGGACAAUGUCUAUCAAAAUAUAA